AUGGCCUCCAACCUACUAGCGGCGAUGGCCUCCAGCCUAACAGCGAUGGUUUUUGCCUCAACAAACGUGAUAUGUUGUGAACUGGCCCAGAUCCAAUGCCUGAUUUUACUCUCAGGCCCUCUCCUUGCUGCGUGCGGAGGGCAUGUACGGUCAGGUGCAAAGACACCUCGUCAGGCCCAGGCAGAGAUUGCAAAGCGCCAGAAGUUGGAGAGCGUCUUCAACGUGGCAGGAAUGCUUGAUAACAAGGCCCUCCUCACACGCUUCACCAAGACUUUGCUGGAGAACCCAGGUGCCAUCUCCUCGAAGGAACUUGCCGAGAAGGUCUUCAAUGUUUUGGGCAGGGCGGAACUCUGGGAGGAGGCCUUGUGGCUCUUCACAGCACUAAGGGAUCGAUCCUUAAAACCCUCGCAGGAGACCUACAAGGCCAUUUGCAGUGGUGUCCGAUGCUCCUGGCGCUGGAGCUUGCAGUUCUUUCAGCUUCAGCAGACCGAGGCCCAGACGACCAGCCAAAGUUUCUCGCUGGUGAUGAGGGCCUUCAAGUCAAAGCAAUGGCCUGUGUCUCUACAAUUGCUGGGGCUUGCGCAAGAGUGUUUUCAAGAUGAAAUCAACGGGUACUGCAGGGGCUCUGUGCAGGACGCUUUUUGGGACUUUUCCUCCGGGUGCUGUCAGCAGCUAGCGGAAGCAGGUGCCUGGUUGACGGCCUUGGAACUGCUCUCCCUUCUCAUGGAGCCUGACCUCUGGUGGUCUGCAAAUAGCGUCAGAAAGGAGGAGGUCGUCAGCUCUGUGAUUGGUGCUUGCGCCCUGUCAGGGCAUUGGCAGCUGGCCUUGAACCUGGUCUUUGGAGCCUUGAAGGGCUACAGUGGAUCAACGGCUUUGCGACACAUUUUGGGCGCAUGCAGCCAGGCGAAGGCCUGGGAAGCCGCCACGGAGCUUUUAAGUGUCAUGAGGCCUUCUGCGGAUGUGGCGCUGGCCCGGAGCUACAUGAAAAGCUGCGCAUCGGCGCAAGAGUGGCAGAUGGCUCUCGACGUGCUUGAAGAUCUUGAGGCCUCUGACAAGGACAUUGACGAGAUGACCUACGCUGCUGCCAUCACGGCCAUCUGCUCUGGGGAGGAAUGGCACCAAGCCAUGGCCCUCUUCCAACACAUGCAACGCUUUGGUACCGAACUGGCAGAGGUCGCCUUCCAUGCGCGGCUUCGUGCGGCAGCGGCACAGCCCAGGAACUUACAGGCUGUGGGACGUCUGAUGGCAACCUGGGGCCACACACCGAUGUCGAAGCCCAUGCUACACAGCGCCAUGAAAGUCCUGGCCAGCCAAGUCUGUUGGCGUCUAGCACUGCAGCUUGGCACAUCCCCCGCGUCUGAUGUGGCACUGCUGAACCAGGCCGCGACCGUUGCCGUGCGUGCUGAGCGAUGGCAAGAAGCUCUUGCACUGUUGAGCAAUGGUGACACUGAUGGCGUGGCCGCUCUGGGUGUGGCGUUGGAUGCUGCGCAAAAGGGACUCGCCUGGCAGCUGGCCCUGCAGGCUCUGGGCACUCGGCUUGAGGCGGGUAGCAACGUGGUUUCUUGGAAUGCCGCUUGCGGUGCCUGUGUGGGCCACUGGGAGGUGGUUUUAAACCUCUUGGAGGAGAUGGUGACACGCAACAUGAGUCCAGAUGUGGUGUCGUAUACGGUAGCGGUGACGGCCUGUGCUCAACAGUUGCGCUGGCAGCAGAUCUUGGUGCUACUCGAGAAGUCCGGUGGAGGAGACCCUGUCACCAUUUGGCAUGCAUGGCGAAGCCAUGAGGCCUUGAUGAGACAGCUCCCAGGAUUUUACGCAGCCGUCAGCUUGCGCAAGACCUUGCAGAGGCUCGCAAAUGCUGAAGACUGGCAGACAGGCUUUAACUUGGCGGCGACUGGUGUCCUUCAGCGCGAUCUCAGACUGGGUCACACGACGAAUGGACGAAUGGCCAACUUCAAAGGCGGCAAGCGCAAGCAGUCAGAAGGCGCCAAGGCCAAGUUCUGGUCUUUGCAAGUGCCCGGCUCGGAAGCAUCAGUUUCAGAAGCUGCGCCUGGUGUGCCUGAGCCUGACUCUCGAGCGAUUUCGCAGAAGGCCUUGAUGCUCUUUACGGCACCACACCGGCUGCCAAGUGCUGGGAGCAGUUCUUGGAGAGGGAACAUAUGGCUGUGUUUGCCGGGCUACGUGGCGACAGAUGCCUGUGGCAGUGAAGACCAUGUGUCUUGGCUCUUUCCCUAA